AUGCUCAACUCACACAACAGAACCGAAGAAAGAUCUACCGAAGACAUCAUUUUAGAGCCUUACACCUACUUGAUAUCGCAGCCUGGCAAAGAUAUCCGGGCAAAAUUGAUAUCAGCAUUUGAUUUGUGGCUACAUGUGCCCAAGGAUGUACUGAGCGUCAUCAAUAAGAUUAUUGGCAUGUUGCAUAAUGCUAGUUUAAUGAUCGACGAUGUACAGGAUGACUCUGAUCUUCGAAGAGGCGUUCCUGUCGCUCAUCAUAUUUAUGGUGUACCUCAGACUAUCAACACUGCAAAUUAUGUCAUCUUUUUAGCAUUGCAAGAAGUGAUGAAGCUGAAUAUCCCAAGCAUGAUGCAAGUAUGCACUGAAGAGCUGAUCAACUUGCACCGAGGUCAGGGUAUUGAACUGUACUGGAGAGACAGCUUGACAUGUCCCACGGAGGAGGAGUACAUUGAUAUGGUGAAUAACAAAACCAGUGGUUUGUUACGAUUGGCGGUGCGAUUAAUGCAAGCAGCAAGUGAAAGUGACAUUGAUUACACACCGCUCGUCAACAUUAUAGGUAUCCACUUCCAAGUGCGUGAUGAUUAUAUGAACCUGCAAUCCACUAGCUAUACAAACAACAAGGGCUUUUGUGAAGAUCUGACGGAGGGCAAGUUCUCAUUUCCUAUCAUUCAUGCCAUCAGAAAGGAUCCUUCCAACCGUCAAUUGUUGAACAUUAUUAGCCAAAAGCCUACAUCCAUUGAAGUCAAAAAGUAUGCUUUGGAGGUGAUUCGCAAAGCAGGUAGUUUUGAGUACGUGCGCGAGUUUUUACGUCAAAAAGAGGCUGAAUCCUUGGAGGAAAUCAAGCGCUUGGGUGGCAAUCCUCUGCUGGAAAAGUAUAUUGAGACUAUCCGAGUGGAGGCCACCAACGACCAGUAG